AGUUGCUAGGUGUGUGUGCUAUUAUGUUCAUGUACUUUGUGUUGUUCAUUUGUUCAUUAAAUAUAAAUUGAGUCUUAUCAAGUUAAACCUAUUAAAAAUGAAGAUUGAAGAAGUGAAGAGUACUGCUAAAACUCAGAGAAUAUCAGCUCAUACACAUAUUAAGGGCCUUGGUUUGGAUGAAAAUGGUGUUCCGAUUCAAAUGGCAGCCGGUCUCGUGGGCCAAGAAUCAGCUAGAGAGGCUGCUGGAAUAGUGGUGGAUAUGAUAAGGAAUAAGAAAAUGGCUGGUAGGGCUCUCCUGUUUGCUGGUCCUCCAGGCACCGGGAAGACAGCCAUUGCUUUGGCAAUCGCUCAGGAGCUAGGUACUAAGGUUCCAUUUUGUCCAAUGGUUGGCAGUGAAGUUUAUAGUACAGAAAUAAAAAAGACAGAGGUCCUCAUGGAAAAUUUCAGACGCGCCAUUGGAUUGCGAAUCAGGGAAACCAAGGAAGUGUUUGAGGGAGAAGUUACAGAGCUUACUCCUGUAGAGACAGAGAAUCCUGCUGGAGGAUAUGGUAAAACUGUAUCUCACGUGAUUAUCGGUCUGAAGACCGCGAAGGGUACCAAGCAGCUCAAGUUGGACCCCACUAUCUAUGAAUCUCUGCAGAAAGAGAAAGUGGAAGUAGGAGAUGUUAUAUACAUUGAAGCUAAUUCGGGCGCGGUCAAACGUCAGGGAAGAAGUGAUACUUUUGCCACAGAAUUUGACCUUGAGGCUGAAGAGUAUGUUCCUUUGCCAAAAGGGGAUGUCCAUAAAAAGAAAGAGGUGGUCCAAGAUGUGACGCUUCAUGACUUAGACUGCGCCAAUGCUAGACCGCAGGGCGGCCAUGAUAUCAUGUCUAUGAUGGGACAACUUAUGAAACCCAAAAAGACAGAAAUUACAGAUAAACUUAGAAAGGAAAUAAACAAAGUAGUGAAUAAAUACAUAGAUCAAGGUAUUGCUGAAUUAGUUCCAGGAGUAUUGUUUAUUGAUGAGGUACACAUGUUGGACAUAGAAACAUUCACAUAUUUACACCGCGCCCUAGAAUCCGCUAUUGCGCCUAUCGUAAUAUUCGCUACCAAUAGAGGUCGCUGUCAAAUUAGGGGCACAGAAGACAUUAUUUCUCCGCACGGAAUACCUUUAGACCUGCUAGAUAGAUUGUUGAUUAUUCGCACACUGCCGUACAACAAAGCCGAACUUCUACAGAUCUUGAAGCUCCGCGCCGCCACUGAAGGUUUAGCGAUAGAAGACGAUGCACUCUCUGCUCUGGCUGAAGUGGGCGCUAACAGCACUUUGAGAUACGCGGCGCAGCUGCUGACGCCCGCGUGGCUGGCGGCGCGCGCGGACGGCGCGGCGCGCAUCGCCCCGCCGCACGUGGCCGCCGUGCACGCGCUCUUCCUCGACGCCAAGUCCUCGGCGCGCAUUCUCACGCAGCACUCGGACAAAUAUAUGAAAUAAACACUAUUCAUUAUCAAAUUAAAGUUUCACGAUUUUUGUGCAAGGUGAAUUUGUAAACAGUAUCCAAGCCACGAGUUUAGUGGCCAUAUUCACACAAGUACCUACUUUAUAAGUUGAGGAAACAAUUCAUUUAAAUGACCAAUACAUGACAUGUUAAAAUCUUUUCAAUUUAAAGCAUUCCUUUUAAGUUCGCAAAUGUUUUCAUUUGAAAUGUAUUGUUGAAGUUAAAAUAAAUAAGUCAUUA